AACAAUUUUAGUUAAUCUAAUAAAGAAUCAAUCAAAAGUAACUAAAGUAUAAUUUGCUAGUUACGAAAAGUAUAUACCUACAUUGCCUACGCCAUGGGUUCUAAAAUAAAAAAAGAAACUUCCAGCUUUAUGGAAAGUUUAGUUCAACCUAGAGACCAACAACGCUUUCAAGAAACAAAAGGACGUUCUACUGAGAAACUAUCAAUAUCGAAGAAACCUAAAUUAAAAUCACCGAAACAAGCACCAAAUAAACGCAAGAAAUUAUCCCGCAAAGAAAUUUCCCAAAUGGGCAUCUAUGCCUUACCGGAAGAUACGAUACGAUACGAUCAGAUUGUCCCGUUGAACAAGCUUUGGCGGGGUUACAUAGCUAGGUUUCUAGAUAAAGAAAAAUUACCAAAUGCGACCGACGCACAGUAUAAUCAGUUCACAAUGGAUAUACUGAAAGCCGAUUUUCAUGGGGCAAAAAUGACAGUAGUCCGAGCAAAAAAUCCUAGUCUGGUAGGGAUAAAAGGCAUAGUAGUACUAGAAACAAAAGGCACGUUCAAAUUCAUCUCCAAAGAUAACAAGUUAAGAACAAUUCCCAAGUACGAUUCAGUGUUCAAAAUUCAUUGGAACGACGUAGACCUUACUGUAUUUGGAAAACAUUUAAACUAUAGGCCGGCUGAAAGAUCUGUUAAGAAAAUCAAAACGUUUUUGGAAAGUGAUCUGUAAUGAAGAACCUGUUAAAAUUUCUUAUUGCUAAAGUUUCUAAAAAGCAAAUUAGAAUAAUUGCCAGAUUUAUAGGCUAACAAAAACCAACAGCGAACUAGCACGACUCAAUUCACAAUUAAAGUUUUGUCGUAUUAAUGAAUUGAAACAAAUAUGUACUCUUUAAUGUCAAAUAAUAAAAGAAAAAGAAAGGUACUACCGUGGAAGCACCAUAUUCAAAACGGUGCCUAAUUUUGAACAGUUGCAAAUUUUUCAUAGAUAAUUACAAAACUCUGGCUAUUUAAACCAU